UGUAUGUGGGCGCGCGGGGAGGCGGUCAUUGUCCAUCCACAGUAUAUAAGCGGGCUGAGGCCAGUCGUGUGCCAGGCUCACCGGCUCGCACGAGCUGAUCCGGAGCAGAAAGACACAGAGAGUCGCGUGCCGUUUGUCCGAACCCUCGGUGCUGUUGGAUCUGAGCUCAGAGAACUUCUGCACACUUCAGAACCGAACCAGAACAUGGACUCCGUCUAUUCCGACAUCGACAGCAACAGCUGCGACUUCUUCACAAACACCGACGACGAGGAUUCCCGCGGGAGCGUGCGCUCCGCGUCCCCGGAGCCCGAGCAGCAACAGAAGAAGAGGCGCAGGGGGCGCACCCGUAGUGAUUCCACCGUGCAGGUGGUAAAGAAGAACCGGCGCCUGAAGGCCAACGACCGGGAGCGGAACCGCAUGCACAACCUGAACGACGCGCUGGACGCGCUGCGCGGCGUCCUGCCCGCCUUCCCGGACGAAACCAAACUCACCAAAAUCGAGACUUUGCGUUUUGCGCACAACUACAUCUGGGCUCUGUCCGAGACCAUCCGCAUCGCCGACCUGCAAGUGGGGAAGACCGGCGACGCUCCUCUGCUGCUGAGCUCUUCGCGCCUCGGGGAUGCCCCCAGUCCCGGCAGCGAUGCCUACUCGUGGAGCUCCAGCGGCUCCUCGUCCUCCUCCUCAUCCCCGGCUUACUCCUCUAACCCGGGCAGCCCCGCCGCGCCGGAGGACUACAGCUACCUGCAGCAGGACGCACUGUUUGGCUUCCGCAGCUUCGUGCCGGGCAUCUACUGAGGACCGCGGGGGCCCCGCGGACUGACAGACCCCAGAAAUGUAGACACGUGACAGAAAGAACCACAGUUUGCCUUACUGAGCUAAUUUCUCUGCUGAGAGGAGAUGAAAUGCCUUGAUUUAAUUUUGUUUCUCUCUGAAAGCCUUUGCACUCCCCCCUAUCCCCCUCAGUCUGCAGGUUACAGUCAGGUUUACAGCUUCUCCUCCUCUUCCUCCUCUUCCUCUUUUCUUCUUCUCGGAGGUGAAAAGUCAAUUUUACAAUUUGUAAAGUGAUGAAGCAGAAAACUGAGCGUGGAAAUCGAGUUUCAGCUUCAACAAAGGACUGAAAGGAGCUGCCCCCUAUUCAUUAUUCUGCCCCCCCUCAUACACACAUACGCACGCUCGCUUCAUCACCCUCCUCUCUGUUAGAUUAUUGUUGUUUUUAUUUAUUUUGUUUGGUCACAUGAUCUGU